AUGCACUCAACAUAUGGCGGAAUAUUCCCCAAAAUCGGGAAUUAUGUCGAUUUGAGGGAAUUCUGUGAACGCAUACCAUCGAAGGCAACGAUGAUUCUGUCGAAAGCGUCUUCACUGCGACCAACUCUGGCCAAUGAGUUGGUGUUGCGGUCAGCCAUGCGUUGGAUGUCUGGAGCGGGCGGUCACGCGGGACACCAACCAAACCCGGGUCUGUGGCAGAAGGUGUUCCUCUUCGUGUGCAUCCCUGCCAUUGGUCUGUCGGGUCUGAACACAUACCUCGUGGAGAAGGAACAUCACGAGCACUUCUCGCGCCCGGAGUUCAAGCCAUACGAAUACAUGCGCAUCCGGACGAAGCCCUUCCCGUGGGGUGACGGCCAACGGACUCUCUUCCAUAACCCCAAAGUCAAUCCAUUGCCCGACGGGUGGGAGGAGUUGCCCGAAGACCCCCACAACAAGCAUUAAUAUAUUAGAGAUUACUCUCAAUACUUCUGUUCAAUACUUAGCCAAAAGAGUAGCCGUUAUUUGCCUUUAAUUUGAUUCAAUGUUUAGUUUUUUCAGUCAAUUAUUGUUAAAGACUUUAGAAUAAAAUGAUUUCAUGUCUUAA